AAUCCAGAUGCGACCAAACUAAAUCAUCGCACCUGUCCAUGAAAAAAUCGACUUUUGGACUGAGCUUUGUAGGUAGACAGGUGCAAGCUACCUGGUUGGGGUCUGUAUGAUUAUCAUUAACAUUUGUUAGAGAAUUUGAAUGACAUGACUCAAAAUCUUUGGCAAUGGUGCAGCUGUACUCACUCUUUCUCUUCACUUAGAUCCCAAUUUCUAAAUUCCCCACAAACUUCUAUUAUUUCACUAAUGUAUGUUUACUUGUUGAAUUGUGUCUUGGGUGUUUAAUCUAUUCUACUACCACUAAUCCUGUUACUCCCCCUACUGAACUAGAAUUUGCCCUAAUAAUUUCAUCUUGUUAUGCUAAUAAGGUACGGCAACUUAAAGUGAUGUGUAUAUGUGUCAGGUUCUGAGUUGUGCUUGAAUAGACUGAGUAAAAUGUAUCUUCGUUCUUGAUCGCUAGAUAAAUGUUGAUUCGAUAUAUCUCGGUUUCUUGAAAGCCUUUACUACAAUCAAUCGUAUAUGUAUCACCAGUAAGCUUAAGCUGAUAGGCAUCAAGUCACAAUCAAUGGACUAUUUUGAGCCAUAUUCAAAUAAUCAACUGUUCAGAUUCAGGGUAAACUUCUCAGGCUACGGAAUGUUAUGGUAAAGUCCUUUCAUGGUUCGGCAUUAGGACUACUUUUCUUAAUCCAUAUAGAUAGCCUUCCCCUCUAAGUAUCGUUUGAGUUAUGGCUUCUUGCUGAUGUUAAACUUUAGAGGGGAGUUUGCAUCCAGGAUAAUAAUCUGAAGCUUCUGGAUCAGCGUUGCUUCUUUUCCAACGAAUGUAAGGAAAUGAGCCACAAUAUUAACAUCCUCAACAGCUUCCUUGUUCAUAGCCCAGAGUUUGAACCUCUUCAUGUAAUACCCAAUAAUCUUGCUCUGGAUGUAUUUAGAGCAAACCGUGCACCGACAAACAUGAAGCACGUUUCUGGCCAGAUGAUAAAACUUUACAUACUAUAAUCAAGAGAAAAAAAACUCAACGAACUAAUACAAAAACGUCAACUUUGUACAUUAAAUAUUUGGGAAACAAAGUACUUGUUCAUCAUCGAUACAGUCAAAAAAGGCCACGGAAUUACAAACCAUACUUCGCCUAAAACCUUCCAAAAAGACUGCAAAUGAUUUUCAAGUUGUGGAAAGUUCGCUGGUCAGUGUGCUACUCACCAUCAUUUUACAAAGUAUGCUACAGUUCAAAAUCUCAUUCUCCUGCAUUCACAUCCAAGAAGAGCAAACUUGAGGUAUGGGAGGGGAUAACUAUCAAGGAAUUGUCGUCAGCUGCUAAAAUAUCUCCUCACAUAAUUCUUAGAACCUUAAAUUCAGCACUUGUUACAAAACACAAAGCAAACACCAAUUCAAAGUUGGAAGAUAAAGCGAUAAUCGAAACUCUGGUGAAAUUAAUGGGAUUCACACCAGCGUUCAGACACCAGAUUAUUCACGAAACAAUUGACUGUGAUGCUUAUCCAAGACCACCUUGUCCUCCGGAGAAAUGUGAACCACGCCCCCCCAUUGUCGCUGUUCUGGGUCAUGUGGAUCACGGAAAAACAACUUUGUUAGAUGCUUUACGCUCCAGUAGAGUUGUUGACGAAGAAUUUGGAGGUAUAACUCAACAUCUUGGCGCAUUUACAGUAUCUUUGUCAUCUGUUGAACGCAAUGCUGGAUUUACAGAUCCCAAUCCCGUGUCAUUUUCCAGAAGCAUCACUUUUCUAGAUACACCAGGCCAUGCAGCAUUUUCUGGCAUUCGCUUUCGAAGUGCAAAAGCAACUGAUAUUAUGCUUUUGGUAGUCGCUGCUGAUGAUGGGGUUAAACCUCAAACUGUUGAGGCAAUUCGUUACGCAAAAGAAACAAACACUCCUAUAGUUGUCGCAAUCAAUAAAAUUGAUAAACACGAUAUCAAUAUGGAUAAAGUAGUCCAAGGUCUAGCUACUUAUGAAGUUUUAACUGAACAGUUAGGUGGAGAUAUACAAGCAGUUCCAAUAUCAGCAUUAAAACGAAUAAAUCUUUCUGAAUUAUUAUAUGCUAUUAUUCUGCAAGCUGAAAUAAUGCAGUUGAAAGCAGAUCAUACCGGAUUGACUGAAGGUAUUGUUUUAGAAUCGGAAACACUUCAUGGGAUUGGCAAAACGGCUACCUGUCUUAUUACUCGAGGUGUUUUGCGUAAAUCACCCAAUAGUGGUCCACUUAUAGCUGGUGAAGCAAUCUGUACCCCACGAAUCUUGCUAAACGAUGCAGGAAAACUCGUGGAUUCAGUUAAACCGGGAUUUGUAGCGCGGGUAGCGGGUUGGAAAGAUCUCCCCUCUGCAGGAGAUCUUAUCCUAGAGGUAGAAUCUACGAAGCGAGCUAAUGAAGUUCAACGAUAUCGGCGGUGUUUAAAGGUACAGGACAAAGUUAAAGAAGACCGUGAUGCAUAUGAUCUUCGAGCGUCUCAUCAUCGAGAACAUCGCGAGAAAUACGCAGAAAAACGUUCGAGCCUUCAUCUACGUCAGUGGCGAAAACUUAAAUUAGAACGUGAUUCAGCUGAAUGGAAGGAAAAUUCUAAUAGAAUUUCCUUACCACUUGUAAUCAAAUGUGAUGUACAGGGUAGUUUAGAGGCGAUAAAAACACUCCUUUCUACCUAUUCAUCAGAUCAAUGUAAAAUAGAAUACUGCAUUACCGGUGUUGGUCCGUUGACUGAAUUUGAAGUAGACGCGGCCGCUGCAGUUAAAGCAAAUGUACUACUAUUCAACAUUCAUGCUCUUCCAGAAGCAACAAUUACAGCUGAACAUAAUUGUGUUAAAAUUAAAGAAUUCAAUAUUAUUUAUCGAUUGGCUGACGAAGUUAGGGAACUAUUAAAUGAAAAGCUCCCACCAGUAUCAGUGGAGAAGAUAAUUGGUGAAGCAGAAAUUCUCCAGCUGUUUACGAUUAAAGCAUCUAAAAGCGUCGUGAAGACUGGACUUUUACCAGUUGCUGGAUGUAGAUGUAUUAAAGGAAAUAUUAUCGCUAAUAUUACUAAAAUAGGCUCCAUUCUCACAGAUCAAGGUGUUGAUGGUGAACCAACUGAAUUAUGUUACCGCAUUGUCCGUCCAGCUCACCAUUCAACAUCACCAAACAAUAAACAUGGAGAAAAUCCAACCACCGCUCAAAAAGACUUUUCUGAUUCUAAAAAUACCAUAGUGGAUCGAGCUAUCUGUUACUCAUUGCGUCAUGAAAAAUCUGUUGUUGAAAGUAUUCGAAAAGGAGUAGAUUGUGGUAUUGUAUUAGUUUCUCCUGAAGUUCAGGAUAUUCAUAGCGAGAAUCAAAAUUUAUCCGCAAAGAAUUUCAUUUCACAAUGGAAAGUAGGCGAUAUAAUUCAGUGUUAUGUAACAAUAAAUGAAAAAAGUUCAGUUGAUUGGGACUUCGAGACCUAUAAUUCAGAAACAACAACACUCGAAAGCCCAUAACUUGGUCAUUUUUAUUUUUAAAACAAAAAAGAAACAAUCUGUAUAGUAGAAUAAACUUACUAGUAUAAGUUUUUUACAACUGCA